GUGUUUCUGCGCUGUGUCAGCUGUGUGGGCGGCAGCAGCAUCUCUCAGAGUCAGACUCAAACUCGCUCGCUCUCAGUAAAGUCACAUCUGCUCGUGAUCAGGUGCAUGCGGACGAUGCGAACUCUAAAUUUACUCCAUGAUUUCACCGAAGAUGGUCGCGGCACACACCUCCAGCCACCCGUCCGCCUCUGCUGAGUGGAUCAUCUGUCUGGAUAAGAGACCGGAGGAGCGUUCGGGGGAGGAUGUGGACAUUAUCUUGGCCCGUCUGAAAAGUGUGAAGGCCUUUGAGAAGUUCCACCCUGCUCUACUUCAGCAGAUCUGUCUGUGUGGCUUCUACGAGUGUCUGGAGAAAGGCAUCACAUUGUACAGGCAGGGUGACAUUGGCACUAACUGGUACACCGUCCUGUCCGGUUCCCUAGAUGUCAAAGUCUCAGAAACUGCAAACCAUCAGGAUGCUGUCACUAUCUGUACGCUGGGCAUCGGCACAGCUUUUGGGGAGUCUAUUCUGGACAACACGCCGCGACACGCCACCAUUGUCACCCGAGAGUUCAGUGAACUGCUGCGGAUUGAGCAGAAGGACUUUAGGAGCCUGUGGGAGAAUUAUCGUCGGUGUAUGGCUGGUCUGCUGGUCCCUCCCUACGGUGUUAUGGAGAGCGGCCCAAAUACUGACAGAAUGCCUGACAAAGAGCAUCUGAACAACAGUUCACCCGGAUCAUCAUCCAAACACUUAAAUAAGAAAUCAUUCAUUCAAAGUCCCACCAAACUUCACCCCGAAUCCAUUGCUCAGGUGCCGUCAGAAAAGAUCCUGCGGGCAAGUAAAGUGUUACGAAACACCAUCCUGUCCAGAGCACCUCACAUUAUCAGAGACAGGAAGUACCACCUUAAAACAUACAGGCGGUGCUGUAUGGGCACGGAGCUCGUUGAUUGGCUGAUGCAGCACACUUCCUGUGUUCACUCUCGUGUUCAGGCUGUAGGGAUGUGGCAGGUGCUGCUGGAGGAGGGCGUCCUAAACCACGUGGACCAGGAGCUGAGUUUCCAAGAUAAGUAUCUGUUUUAUCGCUUCCUGGAGGAUGAGAGCGAGGACGCACCCCUCCCCACUGAGGAAGAGAAGAAAGAGAGCGAUGAAGAACUACAGGACACCCUCCUGCUCCUCUCUCAGAUCGGACCUGACGCCCAUCUGCGAAUGAUCCUGAGUAAACAGCCUGGCCAGAGGACAGUAGAUGACCUGGAGAUCAUUUAUGAGGAGCUGAUGCAUAUUAAAGCCUUAUCACAUCUCUCCACCACUGUGAAGAGGGAACUAGCUGGUGUUCUGAUAUUUGAGUCCCAUGCCAAAGCAGGCACAGUGUUGUUUAAUCAAGGGGAGGAGGGCACGUCAUGGUACAUCAUCCUGAAGGGCUCCGUUAACGUGGUGAUAUAUGGAAAGGGUGUAGUCUGCACGCUACAUGAGGGAGAUGACUUCGGGAAGCUGGCUCUGGUGAAUGACGCACCUCGGGCAGCGUCUAUCGUACUGAGAGAGGACAACUGCCACUUCCUGAGAGUGGAUAAAGAAGACUUCAACAGAGUCCUCAGGGAUGUGGAAGCAAACACGGUCCGUCUGAAGGAACAUGAGGAGGAUGUGUUAGUUUUGGAGAAAACUAACAACAGGGGCUCCACUUCCUCUCCUCUCAAGUACACUGUGAUGUCCGGGACUCCGGAGAAGAUUCUGGAACAUCUUCUGGAGACAACGAAACUCGACUCCCAGUUCACUGAGUCAGAUCCUGCUCUGGAUGACUUUUUGCUUAUGCACUGUGUUUUUGUCCCAAACAGUCAGCUGUGUCCUCUGCUCAUGGCUCACUAUCACGCUCAGCCAUCUCAGGGCAGUGAACAGGAGCGGAUGGAUUACUCUCUCAAUAACAAGCGCAGGGUGAUUCAUCUAGUCUUACAGUGGGCCGCCAUCAACACAGACCACCUGCAGGAGGAGGACAGCUCUUUCCACUUCCUCCAGGAGUUUUAUGAGACAGUGUGUGAAGAUUCCAGACUCAUUCCAGCUCUGAAAGACCAGCUGCCCGAACUAAAGAAAAUCAUCAAGCAGAAAUCGCUCUUGCCCACAGCAAUGCUUUACCACUUAAUAGUGAGAUGAGAAAUGCUACCUUUGAUCGCUCGGUGGUAAACUUCUGUGGCUGCAUCUCGAUGAAGAGAGAAACUUGGAGUAGAAAGCCACCACACCCAUCUGCAUCACCCGGGAUGGCCAUGGGACAUACAGAGGCAGCUGCCGGGUCGUACGGAGGGUAUUGACCAAUUCCUCCAGCAUGUCUGCCGUUGUGAGAGGCCGGGGGGCUCCAUGACAUGCGUUACAGUCCUGAUCCAGUCUUCUGUCAUGAACACAGGCUAGGAGACACAGAGGUAGAGGUCAAACAAGGGUUUUUUAUUGAGGAGACUAUGGAGUGAUCCAGGUGAUGACGAGAUGGGAGUGAAGCAGGAGGAGCAAGUUCUGAAGGCUUAGCUUGCAGUGACAGUUCUUUGCUUUCGUGCAGGGAGUUCGUGGAGCGGUGGAGAAAGUGGAACGUCUGAGGUAAGUAAACAAAGGUAAGUCAAUAGAGAGUUCGGCUAGGUUCAAGGUUGUGAAUGGUAGACCAGACAAUGAGCAUGAGAGUCAUGAGCACUGAUAUAGAGAGGCUUAAUGAGCUGCGGCAGGUGCGGGGAAUUAGAAAGCAGGUGAUUGUGAUCUUGUGAACGUCGGUGCUUGAUUGCGGUGACUGUGACUCUCUGACAGACACAUGCAUGUACUGUAUGUGUUUACUCUACAUUUACAUUUAUUCAUUUAGCAGAUGCUUUAAUCCAAAGUGACUUUCAAAAUGGGGGAUACAUUCAUCUUAAAGAGGAAAACAGACACAGGAAGUGCUCGUAAUACCAGGUUUCAGGAAUUGUUCAACAAGCUAGACUGCGGAUUAAGUUAAGAGAAGCAAAGCUUUUUUUUUCCUAUAUUCUCUUCAUUAGUGAAAGUCAAGAUUCAUGUGCACAAUUCAUACAAAAAGUCUAAUAGAAAUGUGUAGAAAAUAUGCUUGACAGUGUAUGUUUUGAGGGGUAAGACUACUGCACAGAGAAAUAUAUAAUACAUUUUGAGCAACAUGACAAUAGUAACUGAUAAUGUAGGAAACCCCAGACAAAUGUACGUAAUCAGUUGCAUGAAUGUACCAAAUCAAUCACAACUUGUUCAAAAGAAUGAGAAAUGUUUUAUGAUGUGCACAAGUGACUAGAUGAUGUGGAGGUUGAACAAGUAGUUUUGAGAGUUUCAUUUCUGAGAAUCUGAGAAAUGCACAAAAGCAACUGAGAAAAACUGUAUUUUGGAUGCGAUUAAUCGUUUAACAGCACUAAUAUGAAUAUCAGUUUUCUCUCAGUAUCUCCCAAUAACAUGUUUGAGUAAGAUGAUAUUUAAAUGGCUAGUUUUAUCAUCAAAGCUCUGUAGUUGUUAUUGUGUGUGCAAACCAUAUCAUGUAAAGCAAUACAAUGACGAUUGAGGGAUGAAUAAUUAAAUGAUCCUCAAAAGCCUGAUGUAUCUUAUUUGAUACUCACAUUUUAACUCCAUUUUUAUUAAUAAUCAUGUAGAGAAAAUCAAGUAAACAUAAGUUGCUUCAGUCCACCUUUCAUCUUUUACCUUUUAAAAUCAGAUGAAGGAAGGCAUGUAGCAGAUUAUGUACAACAGGCUUUUCAUAAAAACUGUGAUAAUGUUGAUAAUGUAGAGGUCUCAGGAAUGUGCAUACUGUAUAUACUAUAAUACAGCAAUUUUUUUAUCACAUUGAUAAACCUUCUACUUGCUCAUAAUCAUAAC